AUGAGAAAAAGUCAAAUUGAAGAAAAAAAUUAUAAAUUGGAUGAAAUUGCACUUCAAAUGGGCCAUGAAGUGUUAAGAAUUCCUCUUAACCACUGUCAAUACAACCCAAUCGAAUUAAUCUGGGCGCAAGUUAAGGGUAAAGUCGCGGAAAAAAAUAACACUUUCAAAAUUGUAGAUGUGGAAGUGUUAGUAAAUAGCGCUUUAGACACAGUGACAACAGAAGAUUGGGCAAAAUGUGACGAUCGUGCCUCACUUUUCUCCUCGCGUAAUAUAGUUAGUGCUUUGGGUAUUCAUUGUAAUCUUUCAUGCAGUUAG